GUACAACCAGGUGAAUGCCAUCUCUAUAGCCUGCAGUACAGGGUAGCAGGCUGUGAGCUGACUACAGGCUGGUUCAAAGACUGGAUGAAAACGCCCGAGAACAACACGAUUCACCCCAACCUGAGGCAGACGGUGUACUGCAGCGCCAUCGCAGCAGGAGGGGUGGAGGAGUGGGACUUCGCCUGGAGGAUGUACAGAGAGGCUUCCAUUGCCUCUGAGGCUGACAAGCUGAUGUAUUCCCUGGCCUGCACCAGGGCUCCCUGGCUACUGAACAGGUAUCUGAACUACUGUCUGGAUCCAGAGAAGAUUCGGAAACAGGACGCCACAUUCACCAUUGUGUACAUUGCUGGUAAUGUUGUGGGCCAGUCUUUGGCUUGGGACUUUGUCAGAACCAACUGGAACCACUUAUUUAAUGAUUAUGGAGGGGGAUCGUUGUCCUUCGCACGGCUCAUUGAUGGAAUCACCAGGCGCUUCUCCUCAGAGUUUGAACUGAAACAGUUGCAGCAGUUCAUUGAGGAGAAUGCAGAGCAGGGUUUUGGUUCAGCCACACUAGCAGUGGACCAGGCCCUGGAGAGAACCAAAGCCAACAUGAAGUGGGUUGCAGAGAACAAGGCAGACGUCUACAAAUGGUUCACUGAUAAUUCAACAUAAACGUAUUUGUGGACUGUUUGGAGUUUCAAUUCAUAUGUGGAGAAUACAAGCAUUUAGUGUUUCAUCAUGUGGAAUUCAUUAUUUUUCUGAAAUAUUUGCCUGAA